AUGGACGGGACUCGGAAGGAAUGCCUCGUUCGUCUCAAGGAUGACGGGGCCCCGAUCGAACAGAUGGUUGACCAUGCCAAUCGUAUUCUGCGGUUGUUCGGUCCAAUUGAGGUGCGGAAGUCGAACCCAGCAUUUAUCAUAUCCCGCACGGGAGUUCGUCUGGAAGACUGGAACGAGGAGCAACGGCAGGCAAGUCUCGAUCGGCUCCAAGCAAGUCUCAGCCCAGUCGGCUACUCUCGAGUCCUGGGUGCUUUGCAGACAAGUGACUUUCUCGGCGAGUUAUGCAAUGCUAAAUCCAUUCUGAACAGAUACAGUUAUCAAUUUACUCUCUACGGAAAGCUAUCUACCACCGAACCAUGGGGAUUCUCUGUGUUUGGUCAUCUGAGCGUCAACAUCGUGGCAGUUGGCAAGCAGACGACCAUGAGCCCGAUAUUCCUUGGCCGUUCAGUGAAUUCUGGGACCUGGACGUUGUCGAGGAAUUUAUCACCAUGGUAA